UUUGUUCCACGAGCAUUUCGGGAUGCCCGUCUCGGAGCCUGAGUGCCGCCCCCAGAGGGGCCCGGCAGGUGCUGGCGCGGCGGCCCCGGAGCUGCAGUGGGCCGGGCCCUGCGGCCGCCGCCGCCUCCCGCUCCCGCCCCCGCCGCGGCGCGCCUCCCGGGCGGGCGCAGUCUGCAGCGGCGGAUCGGCGGUCGGCUGGCUCGCGGCGCGCCAUGGCCCGGGGCCUGCGCGGCCUCCCGAGGCGCGCUCUCUGGCUGCUCCUGGUGCAGAGCAUCCUGCUGGUCUCCGCCUGCCAGGACACCCACUACAGCACCCUCGUCCAGGAGCGCUGCCUGACCCGCUUCCAGAAGGACAUGGAGGCCGUCGGGGAGGCUCUGUGGUGCGACUGGGGCAAGACUAUCCGGAGCUAUGGGGAGCUCACUGACUGCACCAGGAACGUGGCCGAGAAGCUGGGCUGCUUCUGGCCCAACACGGAGGUGGACAGGUUCUUCGUCACAGUCCACCGGCACUACUUCAGCAUCUGCGCCCUCUCGGGCAGGGCUGUGCAGGACCCAUCCAGCGGCAUCCUCUGCCCCUUCAUCGUGGUCCCCAUCAUGGUGACCCUGCUGGUGACGGCACUGGUGGUCUGGAGGAGCAAGCGCACAGAGGGCAUCGUGUAGGCGGCCCGGGCUGCCUGCCAAGUGUGGGGAGGCUGGUAGGGACACAGCCCGCAGCUGACUCCCACGCAGCCCUAGACCCCCUAGCCGAGAGCGCUCGAGGACUUGAGAGAAGUCCUGCUUGGCAUUAACCUCCAGCCCCUGGGGAGCGGGGAUGAGACUAACUUGUCUCUGGGAAGUGCCCAUGUGGGUCCCGGCAUGCUCGUAGCCACCACCGUGUCCCAGCCUGCAGCAGGCUGCCCGCCACCUAGGUGUGUUUGCAGACAUGUGUAGCUUCUGAUUAAAAGGCUGUUCUGAA